CGCACCUAUGUUGUCUCUAUAAAACCUCCCAAGGUUUACGACCACAAGCCAGUCCCUCGCGUCUACUCGGAGAAGAAGACAUUCCUCUAUCACCAAUACCUGCGCCUGUUUGAGAACAAUGCACACGCCCCCCUCAUCUUCCUCCAGCAUGACAAGUUCUCCGUCCCCAAUCUCAUCAAAAUUCGCCGAGAAGUCGCUGCCGCUGCUCUGAAGCACGUCAGUGCUCCGCCAUCACUAGCUAAUCCUGGCCCCAAUCCCGUCCCAGGAGAGCCUCCCGCUCUUCCGACGCUCACCGUCAUCCGGACUUCUCUGUUCGGCGUCGCGCUGCGGGACUUUGCACCCAUCGAUGCGGCCGCGAGUGACGAUAUCGCACGUACCGUAAAGAGGGGGCUCAUGGUCCUCACACUGCCCAAUUUGAACCCGCCGCAGUUGAACGCCAUCCUGCGCGCACUGGACCGCGCCGUGCCGAAGAAGAGGGCGCCGAUGGCCGCAGAGCUCGCAGAGAAGGCCAAGCAGAAGAACGCGGAUCCGCCGAAUCCUGGACGACGCAUCAAGCGCUCGCGGCCUGUGCACUCACCUGAGCUCGCGGUGAUGGGAGCCUUGAUCGAGGGGAGGGUGUUCAAGACGGACGGGGUUGCAAAUGUUGCAAAGCUGCCAACGCUGGACACGUUGAGGGCGCAGAUCAUUGGACUGUUAAGUAGUCCGGCGACACAGCUUGCGGGGGUCCUCAGCCAGGCCAGCGGAGGAAAGCUAGCGAGAACUCUAGAGGGAUUGAAGAAGGGAUUGGAG